AUAUUAUGGCAUCAACAUUAAUUCCGGAAUGUCUUAUUCCAAUAUUUAAAUAUUUAGAAGAUGAUCCAGUAUCAUUAUUCCCUUGUAUAUUAGUUAAUAGAUAUUGGUGUCGUACUGCCAUACCAAUAUUAUGGAGUAACCCUUUUUCUUUAACAAAAUUUGAUAGUAGAUAUGGAUCAAGAAGAAUGUUUUCUCUUAUUAAUACAUUUAUAAUAACAUUACCACAAGAAUCAAAAAAUAUUUUAAUUAAACAAGAAAUUAAAAUACCUGAAAUAAAGAAUUUAACAUUUAAUUAUCAAACAUUUCUUCGUGUUAUAGAUAUGCUUUGUAUUGACUUGGCAGUGAAAGAUUGGUUUGCUCAUCCAAAUUAUGUCAUACUAUAAUAGUUAAAACUACUGGUACUACUUCUGAUAUUAUUUUUGAUAUAAUUAAUCAAAUUCCUAUAUCAUCAGGGAAAAUAAAUUGUUUUUCAAAUCUUAAAGAAUUUCAAUAUAAUUCUGAUACU